AUGGACGUCCGCGUUCGCGCAUGCGCGCUACUCGCACUAUGGGCUGGUUGGGUGCAAAUUACGGCUCCUUACAUCGUAAGAAACCACCCUUGCUGCCUGGACCCCAACGACAAUCUGACGCUGGCCAUGAUCAUCGAUGCGUUUGAGAUCUACGGGCACGACCCCACGGACAAGCUCGACAAUCUGUGGCUGUACCAGAACGAGAUGCUCCGAGUUAAAACAGCUGAAGAUCAGUACAUGAUCAACGAGCGAGUACACAUCGCAACGGACCAUUUGGGGCGUUUCAUAAAGCUGCAUAUUCAAGAGUUGAAGGUGCUCCUGAUAACUCUGGAUGAUGUGAUAGACAAUAUGCUGACGAUGUACGAAAACCACAACUCAAUAGCUGCAGAAAGGAAGGCGACCUACACGGGAGGACCAGUGCCUAUGGAAUUUUAUCUCAGUCAAGAAUUCUACUGUGGCAAAAACGUGUACAUAUUCGUGUCAGAGUUAUACACUGACAUUUACAACAUGGGCCGCGGAGUUGCACCUUACUGUAAAGACAGGUCUUUCGUAUUCCUCGGCUUCCUACAUUACCACGACGAGCAGAAGUACUACUUAUUAGACGAUCCAAGCAUUUCUUUCCCUACCGACAACUACUUACACGGACUGGAGUGCCAAAUCGGUGUCUGUGUGUUCAGGUUUCCGUUCAAAAAGAUACUUCAACAGACCAGAGACGUGUCCACUUUGCCCAAGGCUAUAGUCAAGUGCGGCCUGGUGAUGUACAAGCUGCCGCCACUGAGUGCCACCUCAUGUAUAAUCGCAUCGGGGUCCUUCAUCCUGGACUUCAAUAUACAGGGCUUGCGGUACCGGCAUCAUGAUUUCCUACUAACUACACCAAACGGCCAUACUUAUUACACCAAAGAGCCUCGUACACCACUGAUUUGCGACCAUCACGUGUGCGAAUGGAAUUACACGAAUCAUUACGGGGGGCCGUUCGAUGUCCCCGGAGAGCCGGGCAACAUCGACAUCAUCAUACCAUACGUGGAGCCCACGCCGAAACCGGACGAGCCUGUGGACAACAUCACCGUGCCUUAUAUAUUGGAAGGCUGCCUGUUCAUGUACCCACCGAACUACGGAUCCAUCGCCGGGAAGAGUUACCUGGACACUGUGGAUCUACACGACGACAGGUUCACGUGCAACGCCGCGGGAGGAAACAAUAAGGGUCUGUACUGGUAUCCACAAUGGAUGGGUGCGGUGCCCCAUCACCCAUACUCGUCAUCGCUGGGGGACCAGAAGGACGCUUAUCAGCAGUCCUCGAACGCGUUCUACCCGCAACAGAAAGACGACGACGGCGAUGACGACGUAGAUUAA